AUGGACGGUAGAACCAGCGUGGAGAAUCCGAAUUACGAAACUUUUCGAGAUUCUGUUUCUCAGACCCUGAUUCACAGAUCAGCCCAAAACCCUUCAAAGAUUCCCCCGCGGCGGCAAAAAAAGACGUCUCCGCUACCGGCAGACUCUGGAAAGCCUUCGUUGCUGGAGCUUGAAGCCAAUGAUCCGGAAGAUCUAGCAGAAUUCAUUGACUAUAUUGCUGGAGAGACCUUCAACUCCUUGCCAGAGGAGGUGCAAUCUCUCUCUUAUGCCACCAUUCAAGGGAAUAGUGGCCUUUCGGGAAAAUACGCUGAGCCACUACCCCUCCCAGCACUGGACAGCCUAACCGCAGCAGUACCGUUAUCAGUCUCUGAAUCACUGGCAGUAUACGGCCUCAUACCAGACGCCUCCGAAUUCCCGUCAUUCCUGAAUCCAAUACUCACUGGAUAUAUCGCUGCCGCGGUGGCUGGUCCUCCUAAAUGGUCUGCUACGCGGGCCAGCGCCUGUGAAAUAUGUGACCGAGAAUGGGUCCCCUUAACUUAUCACCACUUGAUACCUCGAGAAGUGCAUGACAAGGCGCUCAAAAGAAAGUGGCACGACGAAUGGAUGUUGAAUAGCGUUGCAUGGCUAUGUAGAGCGUGUCAUUCCUUCGUUCAUCGCAUGGCUUCUAACGAGGAAUUGGCGAAGGACUGGUAUACGGUAGAGAGGAUUUUGCAACGGGAGGAUGUGCAGCACUGGGCCCAAUGGGUCGCUAGGAUCCGAUGGAAAGCAAAAUGA